AUGAUCUGUUUGAUCAGAAAUUUAAAAACAAUCAGUUCUCCAAUCAAUGGAUUUGACAGUCUGCCAUUACCAGUUGAGACUACUCCAGGAUCAGAUCUCGCCAGGAUAAAAUGGUACAGGAAUAUACUAGCUCAUCUGGAUGAUGGAAAAGUUGACACUUCUUUUUUCAUUACAGCAUGGAGAGAUAUAACAGAUGAAAAUGGUUGUGUUAUUGUCACCGGAACUUCUGGCAUGGGAAAAUCAUUGCUUGUGCGCCACGUAGCUCUAGAAAUGGAAGCGGAAGGCUAUGAAAUCUUACCCGUAUUAAAACCAAACAAAAUUACCAAGCAAAGGUUCCUAGCUCAUGUUAAAGAUUUAGAAACAUCACAACAGAAAAGAUUAGCGUGUACACGUGAUACAAGCAACAAUGGUAGUUCAUUAAUGGGAUGUUGUUCCGUUGGAAAUAUUGAUCUUGUUGAAUGGUGUUUGCAUCAUUGUAUUAGUAAUGUAAACUGUUAUCGGAAAGGUGAUAGCGCCACGGCUAUACAUAUAGCUUGCCAGGGAGGCUAUAUAGAUGUGGUUGAGAUGUUAUUAAACAAAAAGGCAAACUUAAAUAAGUCUACAGAUACUGGAAUAUCACCCCUGUUCCUUGCUUGUCAGUAUGGACAUACUAAUGUAGUACAUAUGUUAAUAAACCAUAAGGCAGACAUUAAUCAUAUUAAUGAUAAAGAAGUAUCAAUAGUAUACAUUGCGUGUGAGAAAGGACACACUAACAUAGUUCAGAUGUUAAUAAACAAUAAAGCUAACAUUAAUAAGUGUAAUAGUGAUGGAAUAUCACCUCUGUUCAUGGCUUGUCAUAAUAGACAUACAGAAGUAGUUCAGUUGUUAAUAGACUAUGACGCAGAAAUUAAUAAAUGUUCACAUACUGAAGCAUCACCAUUACUUGUUGCUUGUGAAAAAGGCUACACAGAAAUAGUUCGAAUUUUAAUAGAUAAUAAAGCCGUCAUUAAUAAGUGUAUUGAUACUGGAGAAUCGCCUCUUUACGUUGCUUGUCAUAAUAAACACACUGAUGUAGUUCAGAUAUUAAUAAACAAUAAGGCAGACAUUAAUAAAUGUGGAGAAUCAGGAAAUUCGCCUUUGCACAUUGCUUGUUUGAAAGCACAUACUGAAAUAGUUCAGAUGCUUCUUAUAAAUAAAGCAGAUUUAAAUAAGUGUAACAACGACGGAUUCUCGCCUUUGUGCACCGCUUGUGAGAAUGGACAUAUCGAAGAAGUUGAAAUGUUAAUAAAAUAUAAGGCAGACACAAAUAAGGGUACAGAUGCUGGAAUAUCACCACUAUACAUUGCCUGUGAAAAAGGCUACAAAGAAAUAGUUCAAAUGUUAAUAAAUAAUAAAGCAGUCAUAAAUACAGAUACGUGUAAAUCUCCACUUUAUAUUGCUUGUGAAAAUAAACAUGUUGCAGCUGUGCAGAUAUUACUUGACAAAAAGGCAGAAAUUAAUAAGGGUGGAGAGUUAGGAGCAUCGCCUCUACACAUUGCUUGUUGGAACGGACAUAGGGAAAUAGUAAAGAUGUUACUUAAAUAUAAGGCAGACAUCAAGAAAAGUAAUUAUGACGAAAUAUCGCCUCUGUUCAUUGCAUGUCGUGAAGGUCAUACUGAAAUAGUUCAAACAUUGAUAAAACAAAAGGCAGACAUAAAUAAAUGUACAAAUACUGGAUCAUCGAUACUGCAUGCGGCUUGUUUGAAAGGAAAUACUGAAGUAGUUAAGAUGUUAAUACACAAUAAAGCAGACGUCCAAAAGUGUGAUAAUAACGAAGUAUCACCUCUGCUCAUUGCCUGCCAGGAGGGACACAGUACAAUAGUUCAAAUGUUAAUAAACAAACGGGCUAAUAUCAACAAGUGUUCGAAUACGGGAGUAUCGCCGCUAUACGCUUCCUGUUUUAAAGGGAUUGCUAAAGUGGUGAAGAUGUUAAUAAACAAUAAGGCAAACAUUAAUAAAUGUGAUAACGACGGGAUCUCACCUCUUUCUAUUGCUUCUAUGGAAGGAAAUAUUGAAGCAGUUAAGAUGCUCAUUAACAAUAAAGCAAACAUAAAUAAGUGUGAAACAACUGGGUCAUCACCCCUGUACAAAGCUUGUUCAAAAGGGCAUACUGAAGUAGUAAAGAUAUUAAUAAAUAAUAAGGCAGACAUCAAUAAGUGUAAUGAUCAAGAAGUACCACCUCUGUUUAGUGCUUGUUUGAAUGGGCAUAACGAAGUAGUAAAGACGUUACUUAUUAAUAAUGCAGACAUUGAUAAGUGUAACGAUGAAAAUGUAUCACCUCUGUCCAUUGCUUGUUGGAAAGGAAAUACAAAAGUAGUAAAGAUGUUGAUCGACAAAAACGCAGACGUUAACACGUAUAAUACUAAUGAAGUAUCACCUCUGUUCCGUGCGUGUCAAGAAGGGCAUGCUGAAGUAGUAAAUAUGUUGAUAAACAAUAAAGCAGACUUCGAUAAGUGUAAUAAUGAGAAAGUAUCACCUCUGUACAUUGCUUGUUGGAAAGGAAAUACAGAAGUAGUAAAGAUGUUGAUCGACAAAAGCGCAGACAUUAACAAGUGUGAUUCUAACGAAGUGACACCUCUGUUCAUUGCGUGUCAUAAAGGGCAUACUGAAGUUGUUAAAAUGUUAAUAUGCAAUAAGGCAGACAUAAAUAAGUGCAACAAAAAAGACGAAUCUCCUCUCUUCAUUGCUUGUCAGGAAGGGCAUUCUGACAUAGUUCAAAUGUUAAUAAGCAAUAAAACAGACAUUAAUAAAUGUAAUAACUCUGGAGUAUCUCCCAUAUUAUAA